UGAUUUUAUUACCACAUUUCUAUUCGAUGUUUAAAAAGGAAAACUAAACCCAAAUUAAUGAAAAAAAUAUUUAAGAAUAUAAUAGUGUGUUAUUUACAAAGUUUUGUCGUUGCUCAGUUGAAAAUAUUGUUAAGAUUUAUUGUCCACAGAGAUCUGGCAGCUCGCAAUGUGUUUGUCACAGACAGGGGCGUGUGCAAGAUCACAGACUUCGGGCUGGCUUGAUGCCUGGGGGACACUGACCACUACGACAGGUCGUCCAAGCACCAAAUCUGAUGUCUGGGCCUACGGCAUUCUUCUGUGGGAGAUUGUUACGCUAGGUGCCAGUCCUUACCCCGGGUUGUCUGCCCAGGAUGUCUUCAAGUUUGUUAGCGCUGGCAAGAAAAUGGAGAAACCUCAGCACUGCAGUUCUGUCAUAUACGAGUUCAUGUGCAGCUGCUGGUCCUUCCUCCCAGAGAACCGUCCAACGUUUGAUGCCCUGUGUCGCAGGUUCGAGACUCUGCAGGAAAAGGAAAAAGAUUACAUCAAUCUGGAACUAUUCCAGAGCGAACAGUACGCUUGUCUGGAUGCGGACAUAAUGGAUGAGAAGUUAUAGGACAUAAAGCUGGUUGGAUUAGAAGAUAUAGGACAUAAAGCUGGUUGAUUGAGAAGUUAUAGGACAUAAAGCUGGUUGAUUGAGAAGUUAUAGGAUAUAAAGCUGGUUGAUUGAAAAGUUAUAGGACAUAAAGCUGGUUGAUUGAGAAGUUAUAGGACAUAAAGCUGGUUGUAUGAGAAGAUAUAGGACAUAAAUGAGAAGAUAUAGGGCAUAAAGCUGGUUGGAUUAGAAGAUAUAAGACAUAAAGCUGGUUGAUUGAGAAGUUAUAGGACAUAAAGCUGGUUGAUUGAGAAGUUAUAGGAUAUAAAGCUGGUUGAUUGAAAAGUUAUAGGACAUAAAGCUGAAUGAUUGAGAAGUUAUAGGACAUAAAGCUGGUUGAUUGAGAAGAUAUAGGACAUAAAGCUGGCUGAUUGAGAAGAUAUAGGACAUAAAGCUGGUUGGAUGAGAAGAUAUAGGAUAUAAUGCUGGCUGAGUGCAGACAUAAUAGAUAAGUUAUAGUAGAAUGACUGGGUUAUAUUAACUGACAGUAGUGACAGUUAAGAGAUCCCGGAUGUUACAUAACUUACUUGGAUUUUGCAGAAAACUUUUUUUUUAAAACCAGAGAAAGUCGAUUUAAAAACAAAUCAAAUCAUUCUUCGCAGUGAUCUCGUGCAAAAUGUUUUUGUUAACACAAGUAUUAGACAUGCUGACAAGUAUAGGGCUGGUAAGUAGGUCACCAACCAGUUCUACAGCUCAAUAAAACCUGCAUGAGCCAUAUAACUAUUUAUUGACCUAUAGUAGCGAUCGUCCAGACGUGUACAUGUUUCAUAACAUACCUACAAGACAUUUGAAACCUACCCCAUACUCCACAGGACGUUA